CGUACCUGGGCUACUUUGUCGGCCCCCACAGGCUCAGCCAUGCCCUCACUGACCUACGACAUCUACUGCCACAGUGCGCGAUGGAUUGCCUAGCAUUGACCCUCGACGCGGUGUCGACUUGCUCCUCCGACAAUACGACAUGUAUCUGCACCGAUGGCGACUUUGCCCGUGGCAUGCAUGCGUGUGCGGACCAAACAUGUACUAUCAAACAAGCCCUCACAGCGCUAAACAUCACCGCGACCAUGUUCCAGAGACCCGUCCGUGAUCGGUCCCUCGAGCCAAUGGUGAUUGCGAGUGUGAGCGGCAGUGUUGCUGCACUCUCUGUGUUGCUGCGUACUCUCGAUGCACUCUUGACCGGCCGCUUCGCAUGGGACGAUGCCUGCGCCCUUGGUGCUGGUUUGACUUUGGUGCCCAUGAAUGCUAUGCUACUCCGCACUGCGUCUGUGGGUCUAGGUCGAGACACAUGGACGUUACCGUUCGACGAUGUCACUUACAUACAGAAACUGGAGUGGCUUGGGAAGUUCUUCUACUGGCCCACAACCGCCCUCUCCAGACUAGCAUUUCUACUCAUGUAUUUCCGCAUGUUUCCCAAAGACAAAAUCCAAACAUACACCUACACCCUCAUGGCCCUGACCACGAUAUACUGGAUCAUCUUCCAAUUCAGCAUCGCCUUUCACUGCAAACCUAUCUCGAUGGUAUGGAAAGGCUGGGACGGCGAGCAAGAGGGCGAGUGUUGGGAUAUCAACCGUCUCAUACUAUCCGGUGCUGGUGUGACUGUCUUCCUGCAUGCCAUCAUCAUGCUCUUACCGGUUCCCGCAUUGUACCGGUUGUCAAUGUUCUGGAGGAAGAAGUGGGAAGUGCUUUUCAUGUUCACUGUGGGCAUAUUCAUCCUCGCCGUUUCCUGCUUGCGAAUAUCCUCCAUCAUCAAUUACGCCAAGUCGCUGAACCCCACCUGGGAUAAUGCGCCGGCCGACUACUGGAGCGUCCUGGAAGCCAACAGCAGUGUAUUCUGCGUAUGCAUGCCUGCGCUGCAUCACCUCGUCGUGCACCGACUUCCCUGCUUCAACACCAAUGGCCCACACGAUACUCCAUCUGAAGACGCCCCUGUACAAGAUAAGCCUAUGUGUAUUUUGAAUGUAGAAUACAAUGACGCACAGAGUAUCACAAGCACCCUCCAUCGCGGCGAGAAUGGCGAAACCAUAGAGUACCCCUGGGAGCGCACGACUGCGCCCAGUGAGCAGAGCCCCAGACCCUCACAUGACACGGUCACCUUUCCCGAAGAAGCAGACAUGGUAUCGCACGAGCGGGCAGCAGAGCUAGAGUGCAUUGAGCUUUGUGAAGGGCCAGCCGGAGAACAAGUCUUACUAAGACGGGGCAUCAACGACACUGAAGCCGCAGCAGCAGCAGCAACAGUCCCGAGUAUGGGGCCAGCACCAGCGAUGCCAGGGUACGAGGAUGACGAUUGAUUGUAACAUGUAUAACGUGAUAGAUAAGCGAGUCGGUCAGACAAGCGAGUCGGUCACCUCACUAACUUUGCGCACUUCUAUAAGCGUAUAGCUCCACCAUAUUAUAUUAGUUUUGGUAGAUAUUAACGCAAUAGAUUAAUUACUA